AUGGCUGCGCAGCCGGCCGAGCGGUCGUUCGACGUGAUCGUGGUGGGCGCGGGCAUCAUGGGCAGCUGCGCGGCGCACGCGGCGGCGUCCCGGGGCGCGCGCGUGCUCCUGCUCGAGCAGUUCGACCUGCUGCACCAGCGCGGCUCCUCGCACGGCGAGUCCCGCACCAUCCGCGCCACCUACCCGCAGCCGCACUACCCGCCCAUGGUCCGCCUCUCGCGCCGCCUCUGGGACGACGCGCAGCGGGACUCCGGGUACGCCGUGCUCACGCCCACCCCGCACCUCGACCUGGGCCCGCGGGACGACCCGGCGUUCGUCGCCUCCAUCGCCAACGGCGGCGCCACCGUGCUCGCCCCGGCUGCGGCGGACGCGCCACGGCCGGCGUGGGCGGAGGCGUUCCGGGUGCCGGACGGGUGGGCGGCGGCGAGCAGCGAGCUGGGCGGGGUGAUGAAGGCGACCAAGGCGGUGGCCAUGUUCCAGGCGCUGGCCGCCAAGCUGGGCGCCGUCGUGAGGGACAGGGCGGAGGUCGUCGACGUCGCCAGGCAAGGGCGAGAAGGAACGACGACGAUCGUGGUGAAGACAGCUACCGGCGAGGAGUUCCACGGCGCCAAGUGCAUCAUCACGGUGGGCGCGUGGACGAGCAAGCUGGUCAAGUCCGUCACCGGCGCCGACCUGCCAGUGCAGCCGCUGCACACCCUCAUCUGCUACUGGAAGGUGAAGCCCGGGCACGAGCGCGAGCUCACGACGGAGGCCGGCUUCCCGACGUUCGCGAGCUACGGCGUCCCCUACAUCUACAGCACGCCGUCGAUGGAGUACCCGGGGCUGAUCAAGAUCGCCAUGCACGGCGGGCCGCCGUGCGACCCGGACGGCCGGGACUGGGCCAUCGGCCCGGGCGAGGACGGGCUGGUGGAGCCCGUGGCGCGGUGGAUCGACGAGGUGAUGCCGGGCCACGUGGAGACCGCGGGCGGGCCGGUGGUCCGGCAGGCGUGCAUGUACUCCAUGACGCCCGACGAGGACUUCGUGAUCGACUUCCUGGGCGGCGAGGAGUUCGGGAGGGACGUGGUGGUCGGCGCCGGGUUCUCCGGCCACGGGUUCAAGAUGGGCCCCGCGGUGGGGAGGAUCCUGGCCGAGAUGGCGCUGGACGGCGAGUCGAGGACGGCCGCGGAGGCCGGCGUGGAGCUCCGGCACUUCGGCAUCCGGCGGUUCGACGGCAACCCGACGGGGAAUGCCAGGAGUUACUGA